CGACGACAACGAUGAUGAUGGCAGAGAUGACAUUGAUGUUAGCGAUGACUUUGAGAUUUUAGGCUUUCCAGAACCAUUUGGUAAACUAGAUAUGAGUGAAGUUGCAAAGGUGAUUAAGAAGAAAAAGAGGGAUGGUAACAAGCUAUCUACUGAGAUCAUAUAUAAGCCAGAUGAUAAUGGAAUUGUCAAAGUUCAAAAGUACACACAGACACGCGACCCAAACACCGGUCAGAUAACAUUGGAUUUAGAAGAGGACACCAUUGUACCUUCUUGGUCAUCAUUUGAGUCACCAUCAUCAUCGCCAUCGCCUUUGGAAUCAUCAUCGUUAUCGUCUUCGUCAUCAUCAUCAUCCUAUGCUGAUGAUGUCAAGAAGGAUGAUGUUGUUGACGAUGCUGCUGAGCAGUUAUACAAGCAGGCUCUGCUUUUUCUCAAUGGAAGCAGUCAAUCAGAGAAGAAAGCCUAUCAGAUACUAGUUCAGGCAGCGGACCUUGGUCACGUGACUUCCAUGGAGUUGGUCUCUAUGGCCUAUUUAUUCGGGAACCAUCUCAGGCAGGACGUUCAGAAGGCCAGAGAACUUUUCGAAAAACUUUCGAAUCUUGGGUCCGCUCGAGGACAGCUGGGCUUGGGAUUUCUUUAUACAACCGGUCUAACUGUCAAAUCGAGCCAAGCUAAGAGCUUAGUCUAUUUGACCUUCAGUGCAUUUGGCGGUGACCCAUUGGCUCAGAUGGCGCUUGGCUAUCGCUACUGGAACGGGAUUAGUGUUGAGACGAGUUGCGAAGCAGCCUUGAACUAUUAUAGGAAGGUUGCUACUAAAGUCGCUCAGGACUUAUCCAUCGGAGGAGGAACUGUGGUGCAUAGGGUGAGGCUGUACGACGAACUGGAAUCACAGGGACUUCAAAGUGGGCUGCUGGACGAAGAUCUCUUGCAGUACUAUCAGUUCCUGGCCGAUAAGGGAGAUGUCCAGGCCCAGCUCGGUCUUGGUCAGUUAUUUUUUCAAGGUGGUCGAGGUGUUAAUGUCAACCAUCAAAUGGCUCACUACUACUUCACGCUGGCCGCCGAAGCUGGUAACGCUAACGCCAAUGCGUAUCUCGGAAAAAUGUACUUGGAAGGGACAGCAGUGACGAAGGCCAACAAUGAAACAGCAUACGACUAUUUUAAGAAAUCAGCUGAUAAGGGAAAUCCCAUGGGUCAGAGCGGGCUGGGACUAAUCCAUUUUCAUGGCAAAGGGGUGGACAAGGAUUAUAAAGAGGCUCUGAAGUAUUUUACGCUUGCGGCCGAUCAAGGAUGGGUUGAUGGGCAGCUUCAACUUGGAAUCAUGUACUACUCUGGUGUUGGGGUGAAGAGAGACUUUAAAACAGCACUAAAAUAUUUUACUCUGGCUUCACAGUCAGGUCACGUGCUGGCCUUCUACAAUCUCGCCCAGAUGCAUGCAAGCGGAACAGGAGUGGUUAGGAGUUGUCCCACUGCGACUGAGCUCUUCAAGAACGUAGCCGAGCGCGGUGAUUGGUCGGAUAUGUUGAUGGACGGACACGCCCACUUCCACAAGGGCCAGUCAGAUGAAGCUUUCGUCACCUACCUCCUCCUUGCUGAACUGGGCUACGAGGUGGCUCAAAGUAAUGUCGCCUAUAUACUGGAUCAAGGUCUCAGCGGUUUUUUCGACGAGAAUGAAAAUUAUCAAAGGGCAUUCCUUUACUGGACUAGAGCUGCCCAGCAAGGUUACACCCCGGCUCGCGUUAAGAUCGGCGACUACCACUACUACGGCUACGGCACGACCCCAGACUAUGAAUCGGCGGCCAAUCAUUACAGGGUAGCGAGUGACCAGCAGCACAACGCACAAGCCAUGUUCAACCUCGGCUACAUGCACGAGAAAGGACUCGGAAUGAAGCAGGACAUCCACCUGGCGAAAAGAUUCUACGACAUGGCAGCUGAAACGAGUACUGACGCCGCCAUUCCUGUCCUACUCGCACUGAGUAGGCUCAAUGUCUUCUUCAUGAUUGAAUACCUCAAAGACACAUUCAGUACCUACCAGCAGCUAUUGGACCUGCGCCUAGAGACGCUAGGGCCCGACUGGGAUUUGUACAUUUUGGCUUUACUGGCAGUCCUUCUCGCUUUCAUCAUAGUUAUCAGAAGGAUGAUAUGAUGAUUAUGAUGAUGAUGGUGUCAAUCUCAAUUAAUCAAUCAAUCAAUCGACUAAUUGAUCGAUCGACUAAAUUUUUAACAUCAAUCUUCCUAUCUUUCAAUCAUAAACUGAAUUCAAUUUACUGGUUUUUACGAUGAAUUGAUAAAUAGAUUGAUAAAUACAUUGAUUUAUUCAUUCACAUUCAUCCAUCCAUUCAUUCAUAUUCAUUCAACACAUAUAUUCAAUCAAUCAUUCAUUCACUUAUUUAUUUUAAUAAAAUUUGCUCUUAUCUGUCACAAUUUACAAUGCAUUUGUACGUACGAACACACACAUAUACACACGCACAUAUAUAUAUAUAUAUACAAUUAUAUAUAUAUAUAUAUAUAUAUAUAAUAUCCAAAAAUGUAAACGUAUAUAUGAUGUAUAUGAUUUAUAUAUAUUUUUUUACGAUUCUUAACACCGAAUGUUUUUUCAAUAUAUAUAUGUGUGUGUGUAUGUGUUUUUUUGUAUGUGUAAGUAUGUGUAACAACAACAACAAUAAUAAAAGUAAUGUGUUGGUAUGGGUUGUUGGUAGGAGGAUUUGGUUAAAAUAUAAAAUAGAGUGUAACAGUUAUAAAAAGUAAUUUAAGAAAUGAAUGAAUGAAUGAAAGGAACAAACAAUGAAUGAAUGAAAGAAUGGAUAGAAGAUUAAUUUAAGUAGACAGGAAAAAUGAACGAAUUAAAUAGUGAAUAGACAGUUUAACGUUCAUACGGCAUUAUCAGACGGUAAAUAGCGGAGCGAAAAUCAUUCGAAUGUAAAAACGCAUUGACAGAAUGGAUGAAUGAUUGAAUGAAUUAAUGAAUAAACGAAUGAGAGAUCGACUGAAUGUACAAGCAAUGAAUGAAAGAAUGAAAUGAAAUGUUACAUAUGGACAACAAUACUAUAAUAUUUUUCCAGAAAUAAAUUUCUUAUGCAUACAAGCCAACUCCUCAAUCAAAUAUUUCUCUAUUUCAGCAUCAUCAUCACCAACAACGACGACAUCAUUAUCAUGACUGCCAACAUCAUUAUCAGCACAGCCAGGAUCAUUAUCAUCAGCGGCUAUCGAAGAAUUGUUGGUAUUUUCUUCUUCCAUGUUAAUUUUUUUACUCUUGUUUUGUUUAGUAUUUUUUAAUCUGAUCCAUUUUUCGGAGUCUUUGGUUACAACGACUACUUCCCUUUU